AGUUGUAGCGGCGGUAACUAUGAACCAGCAGGUCAGAGACACUGAGGCGGAUGUAGCAGAAACUGUGGAGAAGCUUAAACAGAAAUAUCUGGAGAAGAAGAGGAAACAGUUGCCACCUUCAGAAGACUUUCCCUCAGGAACCAGUGAUGAAGCAGUACAAGGGCUCAUCUUGUCCCACAGACCCAGACAACAAAGCAAGGAGUUGAAAUGCUACAGCAAAGCUUUAAAUGAGCUGUUCAAAGCAGUUACCAACCACCCUGAACAGUUUGGUAGCGAUCAUAAUAGUCUGCAUGGGAGUAAUGAGGACCUGAGUGAGGACUUUGCAGCUGCUCCACUUCAGGACUCUCAGCUGUUUACAGAGACAGAUGUGACCCUUCCGUCCUGUCUGGAUAAUAGCCCUGGGUCCCAUGAAGCUGAGCCAGACCGAGAGUUGCAGAGACCAAUCAACCAGUUCCCUGACUCAUGCUGCUCCUCAUCCUUGGUACCAGUAAAGGUUUACGAGGAAAUGAUGACCAUCUAUGAACAGCUAAAGGCAGAGCGACAAGGCCAGCAGCAGUGGGAGAGGGAGCUGCAUGAACGAGAAAGAAGGCUAAAACAACAGGAGGAGGCUUUUGGGAGGCUGGCCGGGCUGGAAGAGCUGCUCCAUACUCGCAUACUGGCUGUAGAGGAGAAACACCAGCAGGAGCUCAGCCAGCUGCAGGAUCUUCUUCGAGAGAGGAGCAAAGAGAACAAGAGGCUCAAAUCCAGCUUUGACACCAUCAAGGAGCUGAAUGACAACAUGAAGAAACAGCUGAAUGAGAUCAGUGAACAGAAUAAGAAGUUGGAGAGUCAGUCCAAGAGGGUGCAGGCUCGACUUGAGAACCUUCAGAGGAAAUACGAACACAGCAUAGCAUCGAGAGGUUGUCAGAAAGAGAGCAUUCAGACCAUCGAGAGUAUUAAAUCAUCCAAAAAGGAAAGAACUGCUGUCCCUGGAAGACCCAGCAUCAAGGGCAGCUCCAGUCCCACCUCACUAAAGCUCCUGGCACUUUUAUUGGACUGGGUCCUUGACAGACAGACGUUCUCAUCAGUGGCAGGAAAUGAAGGGAAAGGUGUCGGGCAGUGUCUACCUCCGGAGGCUGUGCUCAAUGACAGAUGCCUCAAGGUGCUGCCGUUAUUAGCAGAUCAGCUUCAUCACACACCUUUGUCUGAACCUGACCUCCUCCUCAACCUUCUCCGCCUCAUCCACUGGGUUUUGAGACACAUGGACAACAGCACACAACAUGUAGCCCUCUCUGCCACUCUGCGACGGAUAGGAGAGGAAGUGUCGAAGCCAACUGCUGUGCUGCAAGAUCCAGACCUGCCCAAGUCCUGCAGUGUGACUGCUGGACCGCUCAGGAACUGUCCCCUUUACAGGAGCACCUGUCGUCACACGCGUAUCCUCUCCACCCUCAUUAUCCUCCGCACCGUCACACAAGCUGACGUGUUGGCCCAGGCUCUGGACAGCCUCCACACCGAGCUGACAUCCGAGGAGAGCCGAGGCCUGUUCAUCCACUAUGGAGGAGUGUGUGUGCUACUCAUGGUGUUAAGGGCGGGCCGUGGCUCACACGCACCUAUAGACAUCCUGAUGCAGCUAACUGAACCAUCUCGCUACCUGAAUCCCUUCCUGGAGGCUUGUAGCUGUGAGGACUUUUUCCGAACAGCAUCCCAGCUCCUUAAACACCCUCGUCUGGAGCUCCCAUCACUGGAGAAGCUUUCUAUCCUUCUGCAGAAACUCUCCAGCGACAGGAAGAACCGUCGUCUGUUUGAGCUGAGCUCUCUCCACCUCCAGAUACAAGAGCUGCAUCACAAAACCAAUCACACACACACUUUCCUCUGCCUCAACCUCAGGUCCAUUCUCCACAACCUUAGAUAACACACACACACACACACACACACACACACACACACACACACACACACACACACACACACACACACACACACACACACACACACAUCUGCUGGAGUGGAGGGUUUCUUUAAAAGCUCAGAUUAAAGAAAAUUCUAUUCUCUUGAACACGUUGCUCGGUCUUUCAAGUCCACCCCAACAGUAAUUGCUUUAUGUCCGACUGUAAAGUUCCUCUGCGCUCCGUCCCUCUCUAUAACAUAUGCACACCCACAUUCUUUAUUUAUGUAGUGAUGUUUUUUGAAGUUCUCUUGUCUGUCAAAAGGACUUUAACGUUGUGUAUGUUUUUGCGCUUUGUGACUCCUCUUGUUUUCCGUGUCCCACAAUGCUAAUCUGAUGUUUUUGUGUUUUCUGUGGUGGAAGACCUUGUAUAAAAUGAGUGUCAUACUUCUCAGGGGCCUUAAUGGGUGUCUCAUGUGCUCAGAGGAAAAGAGCCUGUGACUAUGAAGCUUUUUAAUGGCAAUAAACAAAAAGAACUAAAGAACA